GGGGCCGUCCCGGAGACCCCGCGCCGACGGCUGCUCAAACAUCAGGCUGGCCCCCAAAAGGACACUCUUCAAGUCCCCAGCUGGGGGCUCCGUGUAGACCUGGAGUGGACACCCCCUCCUUCCCUUCAUGAUUCGUUUGUAGCACAGUGGCGAUGGAUGAUGAGGAUGGGAGAUGCUUACUAGACGUGAUUUGUGACCCUCAGGCGCUCAACGACUUCUUGCAUGGAUCAGAGAAGCUGGACAGCGAUGACCUCCUGGAUGCCCCUGUGGAGGCCCAAAGUGCCUUCUACGAAGGUUCUGGGCUCCACGUGCAGGAAGCUCCGGGCAACCCCCUGAACCCGGAGCCCACGCAGCCAGCCCCCAGCGUGGACCUGGACUUCCUAGAAGAUGACAUCCUGGGAUCCCCCGCCCCGGGCGGCGGAGGCGGGGGUGGCGGGGCCACUGACCAGCCCUGCGACAUCCUUCAGCAGAGCCUGCAGGAGGCCAACAUCACGGAGCAGACGCUGGAGGCCGAGGCCGAGCUGGACCUGGGCCCCUUCCAGCUGCCCACGCUGCAGCCCGCUGAUGGUGGGGCAGGGCCCACUGGAACCGCAGGGACAGCCACCGUGGCCACAGGGCCCCAAGCCCUCUUUCCAGGCAGCGCUGACCUGCUGGGGCUGCAGGCGCCGCCCACCGUGCUGGCGCACCAGGCCCUGGUGCCGCCCCAGGACGUGGUCAACAAGGCCCUGAGCGUCCAGCCCUUCCUGCAGCCUGUGGGCCUGGGAAAUGUGACCCUGCAGCCCAUCCCAGGCCUCCAGGGCCUGCCCAAUGGCAGCCCGGGUGGCGCCACUGCAGCCACAUUGGGCCUAGCGCCCAUCCAGGUGGUCGGCCAGCCGGUCAUGGCCCUCAACACACCAGCCUCACAGCUCCUGGCCAAGCAGGUGCCUGUCAGCGGCUACCUGGCCUCGGCUGCAGGGCCCUCAGAGCCUGUGACCCUGGCAUCAGCCGGCAUGUCGCCGCAGGGCACCGGCCUGGUCAUCCAGAAGAGCCUCCCGGCUGCUGUGGCCACUACGCUCAAUGGGAACUCGGUUUUCGCUGGGGCCGGGGCAGCCACCACAGGGGCUGGAGGGGCGCCCUCCGGACAGCCGCUGGCCGUGGCCCCAGGCCUGGGCGCCUCACCCCUGGUGCCUGCACCCAACGUGAUCCUGCACCGCACGCCUACCCCCAUCCAGCCCAAGCCGGCCGGGGUGCUGCCCCCCAAGCUCUACCAGCUGACCCCGAAGCCCUUCGCCCCUGCGAGUGCCACGCUCACCAUCCAGGGCGAGGCGGGGCCACUGCCACCGCCACCCAAGGCCCCCCAGAACCUGACUUUCAUGGCGGCGGGCAAGGCCGGCCAGAAUGUGGUGCUGUCUGGCUUCUCGGCACCUGCCCUGCCUGCCAAUGUCUUCAAGCCGCCCCCUGCCAGCAGUGCCCCGGGUACCACCGCUGCCCCGGCCGCUGGGGCCCCCCCACCGCCCCCCAGCGCCCUGAGCAAGCCCAUGAGCCUGCACCUGCUGAACCAGGGCGGCAUCGUCAUCCCGGCCCAGCACGUGCUGCCUGGUCAGAACCAGUUCCUGCUGCCCGGGGGGCCCCUGGGCGGGCAGAUCCUCGCCGCUGCCCCCCACGCGGGUGCCCCGCUCCUAGCCAACCCUAUCCUGGCCAACCAGAACCUGGCGGCCCCGCUUAGCCUGGGCCCCGUGCUGGCCCCGCAUUCGGGGCCACCCAGCGCCGCACACAUCCUCUCGGCCGCCCCCAUCCAGGUGGGCCAGCCCGCCCUCUUCCAGAUGCCUGUGUCGCUGGCCGCAGGCAGUCUGCCCACCCAGAGCCAGCCGGCCCCUGCUGGGACUCCUGCCGCCACCGUCCUCCAGGGCGUCGCGCUGCCCCCCAGCGCCGCCGUGGCCAUGCUCAACGCCCCCGAUGGCCUGGUGCAGCCCGCCACCCCCACCCCUGCCGCUGCUGCCGGGGAGGCCAGCUCGGUCCUCGCUGCCUCCGUGCAGGCCACCUCCGCUGGGCCUCCUGCCGUCAGCACCCCGCUACCCCCUGGCCUCCAGCCAUCGCCCGCACAGCAACCCGCGCAGGUAGCCUCCACCCCGCAGGCCUCCGGACCCCCUCAGGCCACCACCCCGCAGCCCAGCCCGGGCCUGGCAUCCAGCCCCGAGAAGAUCGUCCUGGGGCAGCCGCCCUCUGCGGCCACCUCGGCCAUCGUCACUCAGGACUCCCUGCAGAUGUUUCUGCCCCAGGAGAGGAACCAGCAGCCCCUCUCCACAGAGGGUCCCCACCUCUCCGUGCCUGCCUCGGUCAUAGUCAGCGCCCCGCCUCCCGCCCAAGACCCAGCCCUGGCCACCCCCAUCGCCAAAGGAGCUGGCCCUGGCCCUCAGGCCCCCGACAGCCAGGCUUCCCCGGCUCCAGCCCCCCAGAUCCCAGCUGCAGCUCCGCCGAAGGGCCCGGGCCCCGCCUCCUCCCCCUCACUACCUCACCAGGCCCCCCUGGGAGACAGCCCCCACCUACCCUCCCCGCACCCUGCCCGGCCCCCCUCCCGGCCCCCCUCCCGGCCCCACUCCCGCCCCCCCUCCCAGCCCCAGAGCUCGUCCCGCCCCCCCUCCGAGCCAGCCCUGCACCCCUGCCCCCCACCCCAGGCGCCCCCCACCCUGCCUGGCAUCUUUGUGAUCCAGAACCAGCUGAGUGCCCCCCUGCCCACCAGCACCCCAGUCCCCCCUGCGCCUGGCCCCCCGCAGCCUCCUCUGCGUCCCCCGUCCCAGCCUCCCGAGGGGCCCCCAGCCCCCCACCUUGCCCCAGCCUCCACCACCUCCACCGCGGCCGCCUCCUCUGAGCCACCCACCAGGUUGCCAGCCCCGACGUACCCCGACUUCCAGCUCCAGUUCCCCCCUGGUCAGGGCCCCCACAAGUCCCCCACACCCCCUCCGACUCUUCACCUGGUCUCCGAGCCCACAGCGCUGCCCCCACCGCCUCCUCGGACCUUCCAAAUGGUGACCGCCCCCUUCCCAGCGCUGCCCCAAUCCAAGGCUCUCCUGGAGAGAUUCCACCAGGUACCAUCUGGGAUCAUUCUCCAGAACAAGACUGGGGGAGCCCCUACCACCCCGCAGACCUCCACCAGCCUAGGGCCCCUGACCAGCACCCCUGCCUCCGUGCUGGUCAGUGGGCAAGCCCCACCUGGGACCCCUGCUACCCGCCACCGCCAGCCACACCUCAACCCCGGCACCCAUGGCCUCCCUCCUCUGCUUCCUGCCGAGAGCAAAGCUUUUGCCAGCAACCUCCCAGGCCUGGGUGUGGCCAAGGCCACUGCUUCCGGGCCAGGGAAGACCUCCGUGCUGCAGUAUGAGAGCAAGAUGAGCAGCCUGAAGAAGCCGCCCCCGCUGCAGCCCAGCAAGGAGGCCUGUUUCCUGGAGCAUUUGCACAAACAUCAAGGAUCCGUCCUGCAUCCCGACUACAAGACGGCCUUCCCGUCCUUCGAGGACGCCCUGCAUCGCCUCCUGCCCUACCACGUCUACCAGGGUACCCUGCCCUCCCCCAGUGACUACCACAGAGUGGACGAGGAAUUCGAGACAGUGUCCACGCAGCUGCUGAAACGCACCCAGGCCAUGCUGAAUAAAUACCGGCUCCUACUCCUGGAGGAGUCCCGGAGGGUGAGCCCCUCAGCAGAGAUGGUUAUGAUCGACCGCAUGUUCAUUCAGGAGGAGAAGACCACCCUAGCCUUGGACAAGCAGCUGGCCAAGGAGAAGCCAGACGAGUACGUGUCUUCCUCGCGGCCCCCGGGCCUCGCCAUCUCAGCCCCGACUUCGUCCUUGUCCUCCGAGGGCCACCGGCCCCCGCCCGCCGCCUCGGCCCCCGCCCCGGCGCAGCCCCCUGCGCACCCGCCCACCAAGCUGGUGAUCCGGCACGGGGGCGCGGGCGGCUCCCCAUCGGUGACCUGGGCGCGGGCCUCGGGCUCGCUGGACGCCGACGAGGACGGCCCCAUGCCCUCCCGCAACCGGCCGCCCAUCAAGACCUACGAGGCCCGCAGCCGCAUCGGCCUCAAGCUGAAGAUCAAGCAGGAGGCCGGGCUCAGCAAGGUGGUGCACAACACCGCGCUGGACCCAGUGCACCAGCCGCCGCCCCCGCCCCCGCCCCCACCCCCGCCGGGCCCGGGCCGCGCGCCCGAGCCCCCGCCCGCCUUGCAGGUCAACGGCACCGCCGACCACCCGCCGCCCGCGCCCCGCAAGCCCGCGGGGCCGCCCGCGCCCUGCCCGCGCCUGCCGCUGCGCAAGACCUACCGGGAGAACGUGGGCGGCCCGCGCCCCCCCGCGCCCGCCAAGGUGGACGAGGCCACCAGCGGCCUGAUCCGCGAGCUGGCCGCCGUGGAGGACGAGCUGUACCAGCGCGUGCUGAAGGGCGGCGAGCCGGGGGCGGGGCCGGGGGCGGGGCCGGCGCCCGCGCACGCGCAGCCCGAGCCCGCCUGGGAGCCGCCCCCGCUGCCCCCCAGCAAGCGCCGCAAGUCCGAGUCCCCGGACGUGGACCAGGCCAGCUUCUCCAGCGACAGCCCGCAGGACGACGCGCUCACCGAGCACCUGCAGAGCGCCAUCGACAGCAUCCUCAACCUCCAGCAGGCGCCGGGCCGCGCCGCCACCGCCGCCGCCUUCCCCGCGCCGCACGCGGGCCCCGCGCCCGCCUCCCCCGCGCCCUUCCCGCCCUCCAGCCACAACGGAGGCCUGGGCGCCAGGACGUUGAACAGAUAACACCGGCUCCUCCCCAGCCUUCCGGGGGGAGGCGCAGCCCGGACACCCCGACCCCUCCUCGCCUAAGUUAUUUGAGUCACAAAGGCCUCUCCCCUUCCCCCCACCCCACGCCUCCCGUGUUCGCGGCUGGGGGGCCCUGGGCACGCGCGCGUGACCCGGAGCUGGGCAGGGCCUCAGACCCGCCAGGCCUCUCCUGCUCCACCCCCCGGCCGCGAGACAAAACACAGCGUGUCCCCACGCGUGCGCGCGUCCACCCGUGUCCGUGUCGCUCUGUGCGCGUGCACGCGCGCAUGCGCGCACGCGGUCCCGUCCCGCGCAGCCCGAGCCGCAGCAAGACGUGGGGUCCCACCCCCACCCCCCAGCCCGGGCUUCCCUUCUCUCCCCACAUCCAGCCGCCCCGCGCCACGUUUUGAAAUCUCGGAGAGAAAACUAGUACUGUAAGAUAAACUUUUUUGUACUGUAUUUAUUGUGCAUAACGAUUUUUUUAAGAGGAGAAUUCUGUACAUUUAGAACUCUUGUAAAUUAAAAGCCGAUCCUUUUUUUAAAACUGUA